UGCCAGUUAAAGGCAUUUCUCUCCUCACGAGCUGUCACACUGACAGCUCGAGAGGAGAGACGGUAAUUGGCAUUCCACAGAGAGGACAUUUACAAUGAUCAUCAGGGCACUGAUGAUCAGUGUAGCCCCAGCAGUGCCAUCAGUCAGUGCCCAUCAAUGCCAGCUGUCAGUGCUCAUCAAUGCCACCUGCUAGUGCCCAUCAGUGCCUCAUCAAUGCCACAUAUCAGUGCCUACCAGUGCACAUCAAUGCCACAUAUCAGUGCCCAUCUGAGCUGCCUUUCAGUGUCACUUAUCAGUGCCAGUCAGUGCCACCUAUCAAUGCCAGUCAGUGCCACCUAUCAGUGCUGCCAAUCAGUGCCACCUUCAGUGCCACCUAUCAGUGCUGUCUAUCAGUGCCAUAUAUGAGUGCUGCCUUUCAGUGCCAAUCAGUGAUGCCUGUCAAUGCCCAUCAGUGCCACCUACCAGUGCCUCCUCAUCAGUGCCCAUCAGCGCAGCCUAUCAGUGCCCAUCACUGCAGCCUCAUUAGCGCACACGAAUGAAGGAGAACAAUCACCUAUUUACAAAAUUGUAUAACAAAAACUAAGAAAAAAACUUUUUUUCAAAAUUUUCAGUAGUUAUUGGUUUGUUUAGCAAAAAAUAA